ACUACUUGUCAUAUCGAAAAAGUAAUUUUUAUAAUGAUAGGCCCGACCUUGUCUUGGCCAGUUGAAAAUGAGUGACUGUUCUUGAAUCUAUUUUGUUCCUUUCACAACUUUUUUUCGCUCUUCUUCAGGCUAUCGAAAAAUAAUGGUUACAUACGGAGGAGAUGAAGUAAACGCGCUUGUGUUUGACGUCGGAUCGACUUCAACACGCGUGGGCUUUGCAGGUGAAGAUGUACCCAAAUCUAUGUUCCCCACUUCAUACGGCAUAGACAAGGAAAACAAUUAUUAUAUUGGUGAUGCUAAAUUGAAUACAUGGCGCGCCAACAUGGAAAUCAAAAACCCCAUGCAAGACGGUUUAAUUCAAGAUUGGGAUGCGGUUGAACACCUUUGGCAAGCUGCUUAUAACGACAUGUUGCACGUCAACUCGACCGAACAUCCUCUAUUAUGUACAGAACCCGCAUGGAAUACACCAGAGAAUCGUGAAAAGUUGAUGGAAUUAGCUUUCGAAAAGUUCGAUGUGCCUGCUUUUUAUGUUGCAAAGGAUGCUGUUAUGACAGCUUUUUCAGUGGGUAGAGCAACUGGUUUAGUUUUGGAUUCUGGAGGAAGUACAACCAGUGCUGUCCCGGUGUAUGAUGGUUAUGUUUUAAAGAAGGGCGUACUCCAUCAAUCAAUUGGUGGCGAUCUUUUGACACAACAAAUCAGAGAGCAUAUUAAAAGAGACUUACAUUUGGACGUUACCCCUCUUUAUAAAAUCGCUAGUAAGAAGCCCGUUCCAUCUGGCGCUGCACCACAGCUUCAAUUACGUAAGCGACCUGACACAACCAAGAGUUUUGACGAUUAUCAAAUUUCGAGAGUGAUCCACGAGUAUAAGGAAUCCGUUUCUCAAGUAUCUGAAUACCCUUACGAUGAGCAUUUAUUAAAUCAAAGACCUCAAAAACCUUUUGAAUUUCCUGAUGGCUACAACAAUGCAUUUGGUGCAGAGCGAUACAGAGUGCCAGAGAUCAUGUUCAAUCCCCACCAUACUAGAUUACCUCCUAUAGAGCCUGGCAAAGAAUCACAAAAGAUCCCUUUUUUGGGUGUUUCUCCAAAUCAAAUUCAGCAUGCUGCUGGAGUUUCUCAAUUAGUAUUCAACAGUAUUAACUCUUGCGACAUCGAUUUACGUCCUUUACUUUUCAAUAAUGUCAUUGUUACGGGUGGCAAUACUCUUUUCCCCGGAUUUACCGAGAGAUUAAGUAAUGAUUUACCAAUGAUGGUGCCAGGAAGUAAGGUCAAGGUCCACGCAGUGGGUAAUCAGAUAGAACGUAAAAGUAGCAGUUGGUUGGGUGGUUCUAUAUUAGCUUCAUUAGGUACAUUCAAUCAAUUAUGGAUUUCAAAGAAGGAAUAUGAAGAAAUCGGUCCUUCCAUCAUCGAGACAAAAUGUCAGUAAUCAAUAUACGUUAAUGGCCCGACUUUCUUUUCUUUUUCUUUUUUUGUUGCUAUCGACUGUAAUAAACUUUAUUAAAACUCGUGUGCUAUUAAUUGCUCAUUGAUAUCUGCUAAUUCGCAAGCUGUGUCAAUUUGCAAAUGUUCAAAUUUUUUUUUUGAAAAUAGGACUCGGGAACCUUGCGCUAAAUUUUUAAUUUUUACA